CGUAAACCUUCAUCCACUUACACACACAUACACAAAUCAUCCCGCAAACUACCAGAAGCUUGCUGCAAGUCACCGCUCUCAGUCCACUCUCUGCGUAGCUACAUGUACCUUCGCGCUUAACCUCGCUUGUCACCUACCAACUUACGGCAUCGACACCUCCACCUGCAUCCAUCCGCGUCUGCCCCGUGUCCAAGACCUGGGUCCUGCAGCUGCUCAUCCUCCUUCCCCUCCCCCGCCCCGACGCACCCAACUCACCGACUGAUCGAACCGUGUUUCGUCCGGUAGCCGUGGCGUCCUCCAAGCGUCCCCUCCUUUCCCUUACCUUCUUUCUCAUAUUCCUCCUCACAGCUCUCAUCCUGGCGGCCCCAAGAGCAGUCCCGAGAAUUACUUCUCUCUUUGCACAGCUGCGCUUCAAACCAGUCCAGCUACCCCUCGUUGCCACCCCAUCUCUAUCGACAUACCGACCCUUGGUGACCGCCGCCAUGACUGUCCCCGACAAGUACAAGUCGCCGCCCCAGGCGCCUCCCGUCUUCACCGGCACCAAGGAGUCCAUCGUCGGCGACUCCAAGAAGAUUUGCGACCAGACUCGCGCCCUUCUCGACAAGCUUGUUGCCGACUACCCCGCCGACAAGGCCACCUUUGAGAAUGUUAUGAAGCCCAUCGCCAAAUACGAGAACGAGAGCGGACUGUCGACCCGCAUCCUUGGCUUCUACCAAUAUGUCUCGAGCGACGCCGCCCUACGCGAGGCUUCGACCCAGGCCGAUACCAUUAUGGACGAGUUCUCGAUCGAGGUGAACAUGAGGGAGGAUGUCUACAAGCUCAUUGAGGCUCUCCACCAGCGCAAAGACUCAGAGGGCCUGGACCCCGAGAGCUUGAGGUUGCUGGAGAAGGACUACAAGAACUACAUCAAGAUGGGUCUGGGCAUCCCCGCUGGGCCCCAGCGUGAUCGCUUCAAGGAGAUCAAGAAGCGUCUCAGUCAAAUCCAGAUCGAGUUCACAAAGAACCUCAACGAGGAGAACGGCGGCAUCUGGUUCACAAAGGAGGAGCUCGAUGGUGUUUCAGAUGACGUUCUUGAUGGCCUCGAGAAGGGCACCGGCGAGAACGAGGGCAAGCUCAAGCUCUCCUUCAAGUAUCCCGACCUCUUCCCGACUCUCAAGUUCGCCAAGAACCCUGAGACGAGACGCAAGGUCUUCAUCCAGAACGAGAACAAGUGCAACCAAAACGUUCCCCUCUUCCAGGAGGCCAUCAUUCUCCGUGAUGAGGCUGCCCGCAUGCUCGGCUACCCCAACCACGCUGCCCUGCGCAUUGAGGACAAGAUGGCCAAGACCACCAAGACUGUGAACGACUUCUUGGGCGACCUUCGCUCUCGUCUGACUGCCGGCGGCGCCAAGGAAGUCGAGCACCUCCAGGAGCUCAAGAAGGCCGACACUGACGCCCGCGGCGUUGAGAAUGACGGCAACUACUACCUGUGGGAUCACAAGUUCUACGACCGAUUGAUGAUUGAGAAGGAGUACAGCAUCGACGAGAACAAGAUUGCCGAGUACUUCCCCAUCACCUCGACAAUUGCUGGCAUGCUCAAGAUCUUUGAGGAGCUCCUGGGCUUCGUCUUUGUUGAGUUGAAGCCUGAGGACCGCAAGGCCUUGAGCCCCACUGGCAAGGGUGAGGAUAUCGCAUGGCACGAGGAUGUCAUCAUCUUCAGUGUCUGGGAUGAUGCUUCCGAAGGAGAAGGAUUCGUUGGCUACCUGUACCUUGAUCUGCACCCUCGCCAGGGCAAGUACGGCCACGCCGCCAACUUUAACUUGCAGCCCGGCUACCUGCAAGCCAACGGCUCGCGCAGGUACCCUGCCACUGCCCUGGUCUGUAACUUCAGCAAGCCCACGCCCAAGAAGCCCUCACUUCUCAAGCACGAUGAGGUCGUCACGCUCUUCCACGAGCUUGGACACGGUAUUCACGACCUUGCUGGCCGCUGCACAUACAGCCGUUUCCACGGUACCAGCACCGUCAGAGAUUUCGUUGAGGCGCCGUCACAGAUGUUGGAGAACUGGUGCUGGACCCCCAGUGUUAUCAAGGCGCUGUCUCAACACUUUGAGACUGGCGAGAAGAUCCCCGAUGACCUUAUCGAGAAGCAGAUCUCCACCAAGCACGUCAACGCUGCCCUGUUCAACCUCCGCCAGCUUCACUUCGGUACCUUUGACAUGACUGUCCAUACUCCCGAGAGCCACGAGGCCAUCAAGAAGUUGGACUUGUCAGCAACCUACAACGAGCUUCGCGGCCAGAUCGCUGGUAUCAAGGGCCCCGAAGCUCAGGGAGAGAAGAGCACCUGGGGCAACGGACAGGCCUGCUUCGGCCACCUGAUUGGCGGCUACGAUGCCGGCUACUACGGCUAUCUCUCAUCCGAAGUUUACUCCACCGACAUGUUCUACUCCGUGUUCAAAGCCGACCCCAUGAACGGCAAGGAGGGCCGCCGCUACAGACACACCGUCUUGGAGAAGGGUGGCAGCCAGGAGGAGAUGUUGACCCUGGAGCAGUUCCUUGGACGCAAGCCUAGCACUGAAGCCUUCUACAAGGAGUUGGGCAUCCCUCAGUAAGGGCCCUGAUCAUAAUGCCACAAUGACGAGACGACGCCAGAAUUGUAUCUAAUAGUACCAGAUCGCGACUGUGAUCACCCCCAGGACGCUCGUCUCCUAAAAUAAAAUAACUUUUCAAGAUUCUGAAGUCCCAAGCUAGCGUGAUGCCUUCCAUUCUCAUACAUUCCUAGUCAGUUCGAACAUAAGUAUGUCUGAGUAUGGUGAAAGACUGCCUGUAGAUAGCUUCUUCAAGGGCAGUUUGGCCUCACUACAGCCUGAGAGUGAGAGGCCAGAUAUCGCCUAUGAUGUGAUGUAUCAGUGCCACACAAGGUAACGUAAGUAGGC